AAGAGAGAGAGAAGAAGAAGAAGAAAGGAAGAGAUGGUGAGAACUCCGAGCUGUGAUAAAAAUGGAUUGAAGAAAGGAACAUGGACAGAAGAGGAAGACAGAAAGCUAACAGCUUAUGUUACUAGGUACGGCUGCUGGAAUUGGCGGCAGCUUCCCAAGUUUGCAGGUCUGUCAAGGUGUGGGAAGAGUUGCAGACUUCGAUGGAUGAAUUAUCUGAGGCCAAACAUCAAAAGAGGGAACUAUAGCAAGGAAGAAGAGGACACUAUCAUCAAAUUACACGAAUCAAUGGGGAAUAGAUGGUCUAUCAUUGCUGCACAACUGCCGGGAAGAACAGACAAUGAGAUUAAAAAUCAUUGGCACACGAACCUCAAGAAACGCGAAAGACAGAACUCAUCAAUCUCAAAUGAAGAAAAACACAACACAAACAAUCUUGCCCCUCGUGAAAAACGACAGAAGAGACUGAAGCUGCAGCCAAAUAAUUGUCUUGCAAAUCAAAUAACUUCCCAAAUCAUUGAUAGCUCACCAUCAUCCUCCCCACAACCAUCAUCAAGUGGAUCCUCCUCCAUCUCCAAAGACACUGCAGUUGCAACUUCCACAGAAGCAUAUGAAGAAACGAGUGGUAACUUUUGGACAGAGCCAUUUUUGACAGAUUGUUCCUUUGUGUCGAGUGAUUUCCUACUAGAGCAGCCAUUUAUGAACACUGAAUAUUUAUCUCCAGUACUAUUUGAUGAAUUCUUCUGCCCUUAUGGUUUGUACGAGGAGAAGCUCAACUCAAACAAUCUUUCCCAAAUCAUAAUUGAUAGCUCACCAUCAUCCCCACAACUCUCCUCAAGUGAAUUCUCUUCCAUCACCAGAGAUACUGCAGCUGCAACUAGCACAAAUAUGGCGGCAGACGAUAAUGUUACUUCCUCAGAAGCAUAUGCAGAGAUCAGUGGUGAUUUUUGGCCACAGCCAUUUUCGGCAGAUAAUUCCUACAUUCCAAAUGAUUUCCUAGAGCCAUUUAUGGAAACUGAAUAUUUAUCUCCGGUAUUUGAUGAAUUCAUGUGCCUAUAUGGCUUGGACGGGGAACACGAGGGCUUCAACUGAUUAAACAAAUAUAUUCCAAUGUUGCUUCUGCUUGUACUGGCUAUUUUGUACUCUAGCAGCCUUCUCAGUACGAAGUGAUGUAUGGUUGUGAAGUAGAAAUUAAUUGUUUCAAGGCAAACUAGUUUUAUGAUCAAUAUAUUUUAAUUCCUAGUUGUUUCUGGUUU